AUGAGAGAGAGUCAUGUUUCAUUUGAGUUUAGACGGUCUCGUGCACUCCAGAAUACCUGAUUACGUCAGCCCACAAUUAUCCCUUCUCUCAAACACACACACACACACACACACACUGGUGGUCACGUGACUAGGCGCUCAGUGAGGCAGCUCGGCGCUCAGGAGCAUCAGUAGUGCAGCAAGCCAAGCAGUGGGAAGGACACGUCGCGCAGCUUCCGACCUCCUCCGGAGAAGAAGUGCCGCUCAGCAGGAGGGAAAAAUACAGCUCAACUCGGACUGGAGGAGUACGCGCAGGUCAACCCUUUGGCUCGGGAAGUGGCGGCUCCGUCAUGCACUCGGCGGGGGACAACUUGCACACCGGCAUGAGUCACCACAUGGGUGAUUCAGUAGCUCGGUGGGGCCGCUAAGCUCGCCCAUCCGGGUGUCGCCCGUCCGGGACUAAGUAACCAAGAGAGGCUGGAUCCCGAGAGGCUGUCCAGGAUGAGGAGCGGCGGCGUCCCCGCUCCGUGACGCUCCGGGGUCCGACCCCCGUCAUGCGUGUCCCCCGUCAGCCCGGCGCCCAGUCCCUGCGGCUACUGUCCCUCUUGGUCUUCGUGAUGGGGGCGGCCCCGUCGCCGGCGCUCACGGCAGGCUGCCCCGACAGGUGCGUGUGCGACGACCAGUUAGUAGUCCAGUGCGCCGGGCGGGAGCUGACCCGGUUUCCCGACGAUCUUCCCCUGGCCACCCGGCAGCUCAUCAUCUCCAACAACCGCAUCGGGGACCUGCCGGCGUUGCAGCUCAACUACCUGUCCGACCUGGUCUACCUGGACUGCAGCAACAACUCCCUGACGGAGAUCUCAGAGUCCACCUUUGGCAACCUCCGCAAGCUAGCCUACCUGGACCUGUCCUUCAACAUCCUGCUGCAGAUCGACGAGCGGACUUUCGGACCCUUGGCGUCCCUGGUCAUGCUGCGGCUGACGGACAACCCGGGUCUCGGAGAAAUCCACGCCGACGCCUUUGCCGAGAACGUGGCCCUGCAGGUCCUGGACGUGAGCCGGAACAACCUGAGCGCCUUCAACAUCAGCUGUCUGAUCGGACUGCCGGCCCUCAGGUCUCUGGGACUCAGCGGGAACCCGUGGAGGUGCGACUGCGACACAGAGGACCUCUGCCUUUGGGUCCAGAUCGAGAGCUUUAAGUUCCAAGACGAGGGCCAGACGGUGUGCCACGGCCCGGCCGAGCUAGCGGGUCGGGGUCUGGCCGAGGUGGGCAUGCAACUACGGGCGGACUGCCACCAGGGCCUGGGCUACUGGGACUACCUCUUCUUCGUGGCCAUCGGCUUCGUCAUCUUCUCGGCGGGCACGGUAUCGGCGUGGGUGAUGGGCGUGCUCAUGGUGCUCUACGAGCGCUACAACAAACGCAAGAGCGAGGAGCUGGACAGUGAUGACGAGGACGCCAGAGGGGGCAAGCAGGGAAACGGGGACGUGAGCAAGCCUGGCUUGCAGGUCUGACGCCGCCGACGACUCUGAGACCAAAGACUCCAUUCGUGGAUUCGGGCUGUGUUCGGAAUCACUCAAAAUCAAUUGAAAAAUUUGAAAACAUCGAUUUGGGAGCAGAAGACUGAUUCCGAACACAGCCUCUUAUUGUUGACUCAACACAAGGACAGAAUGUGUGUGUGCGUGUGUGUGUGCAAGCCAAACAAUGAACUGUAUGCCUUUACCUCAUGAAUAGGGAAUACUUUAAAUAUUAUUGAGAGCAAUAACCCCCCCGCCCCGCCCCGCCCCCCUGCACAAACACCAUCAUCUCCUGUGAACUUAGAACGAUUUCCUAAUUUAUUUUCCAAUUGCAGAUAACACCUUAAAAUAUGAAAAGCCAUUUGAGCAUUUAUUUAGUCAUUUAAGGUCCAUGUAGUAGUACACUACUAUAUAAUGCACUAGUAGAAUGAAUAUAUCUUACAAAAAUAUUUUUCUCCAUUACUAGUGCCACAUUUUGACCAACUAAUGCGCAAACUAAUGCCACUUGAGUGACAGAACACACUAGCACAUAUUGUUUAAUAUUCUUGAUAUCCAACAUGUUACAAGUGAGACAAAAUUGUCAACUUGUUGACAGUAUGCUACUAGUACGACUAGUUUGCAUUAUUUUGCUUCACUAAUAACGAGUGUACUACUACAUGGACAAUUCCACGCCCAAGUCGGAUAUUAAAUAAAUGCUUAAACAGCUUACCGUAAUGCUGCACUAGUAACACUUUUAAACUCUGAUAUGUCUUCUUAUUUAUGCCCAACUUGUACUCGUAGCCUCCCGGAUCCUACUGGCAGCACUGAAAUGCCCACUAGCAAUUUUGCUUCACUAGUAAUGUGGUUGUCCUACAUGCCAAAGUAGUGCAGAAAUACGGUAGUGGGAAAAACUACGUACAUUAACGAGGACAGAAAGCGUACUAGUACAUUGACCUCGAAGUGGAGGUCAAGGGUAUGAAAAAGAUGCUCAAAAAAAGCAAACACACACACAUAAAAUACACCCAACGAACCUCAAACCAAAAAUUAACAGACGAAUGUAAAACGAUAGAAAAACAUGUGCAAGCUACCUUUAAUGUGUGUGUUUGUGUGUGUGACACGUGGCUAUCUCCUGGAUGCUAACCUGUGCUGGUGUGGGGGGGAAGUAGAUCAGGCUAUCGCACGGAGACCACAUCAAAGUGAUAGAGUGCAUCGUUGUGCUUAACGGGAUUCUAAGUGACUGGCUUGGCCGACCUCGGCCCAUAGGCCUGCUUUUAACGCGCGCGCGCGUGUGUGUGUGUGUGCUUGUGGAUGUUUGCGUGUGGAAGUGGGCCAACGCGAUCACACCGCAUCCCAUUGAGUCGCCUCGACGACUGAUUCACGACGAGUCCCGUCACGGAGCGAGCUCAGCCUCCAAAUAAGUUAUUCACCCCCCUUCAUCAUGAUCUCCACCAAGGCCGUUUGGUUGGCAGUGAGCAGGACUAUGCAGAAAUGUCCUUAAAUGAUAAUUAAGGAACUUAUUGGAGCGGUGGGCUGAGGGCAAAGAGCCAAAUUGAAUGAGUUCUGGCUGGGAUCCGGUUGGAAGUGUGUGUGUGUUUGAGUGACACAUCUGCUGAUGUUGCUUUUUUGGUUCUUUACUUGAGUUUUCUUUCAUUUUGUACACCAUGUAUCAUGAGCAAUAAAGACUUGACAGAUGAGCAGUGGAA